AUGAGGAGAUUUACACAAGUAGCUGCGAAGCGUGGUGCUAGACGACCACGUAUGAGGACUUUGGAAUCUCUGGCAACAGACUUGCCAGAGAUCCCUACUAGAUUUGAGCCUGUCGGUCAGGGACAGACUCAAGAUACUGUGAGUACGUCAGGCUCCCAGACUCCGAUGACUCCUUUAGAGGUACCUACCCCGACCAUACCCGACGUACCCACUCCUACCGUAUUUACAGUACCACCACCACCAGUGCCUAUGGCAUUACAGGCACCACCUCCACCGAUGCCUACUGCACACCCAACACCCGCACCAGUAGCUGUAGUUGCUCCACAUUCGGUACCACCCACUGUACCUCUAACCGCGGCCACCUAUGCUGACCCUGCAGUGCCACCAGCGGCACCUGCUCCUGCUUAUGCAAUAGCACCGGGAGUACCUCCCCCGUUCACAUGGGCAGAAGCCUGCGAGACCAGCUUCCAGGACCUGAAGCGGAGAUUAGUGUCGGUUCCAAUUUUGGUUUUGCCUUCCAGAGAGGAUGGAUUCAUGCUCUACACCAACGCAUCUCUACAGGGUUUGGGUGUUGUUCUAAUGCAGCAUGGAAGGGUAGUCUCCUAUGCUUCUCGAUGGUUGAAAGAGCAUGAAUAG